CCGACACAGUCCUCCAAGCCCGCCGGUUCUUAGAGAUCUCCGACUCCUGUCGCUCCGGAAGUAGAUUCGUUUUGUCGUCGUCUUACCUAUUGCUUCCGUCGCCCCCGCGCUGCUUGCCCACCUUCCUCAGAGCGCGCGGCAUGGCGCCCGCGUAGGCCGUUCCCGCGGGGGCCGCCCGAGCAGGCAGAGCCUCUCGGCCCCCCCCUCCCCCGGCAUCCGGGGCCCCGGCGAUCCCAGAUGUGAGGCAUGUUGUUUGGCGCCCUGGACUGCUGCGCCGCGAGCUGCUACAGGCGCCUUGAGGAGGCUUCGCAGUUCGUGCAAGGCCGCGCAGGGGCUACAGCUUCGCAGCAGGAGACCAGGUGGUUUGGCGGGCUGGACGGCUGCUCCACGAAGUGCUGCAGGUCUCUGGAAGAGGUGGGGUGCAAGGACAUCGCCGUCCAGGUGUCGAUCGAGGGCGUCGGCGACGUGCCCCCGCUGACGCUGGGCGACGAGCGCGUGGUCAGCCCGCAGCUCGUGGCGCCCGCCGCCGCGGAGGAGCGCGCCGCGAAGGUGGCGGUUGCGAGAAAGCGCGUGUGAGAAGGCGAGGAGGUCCGCGGCAGCCCGCACAGGGCGCGCAUCUGCGCACGCCGCACCUGACCUGACCUGACCCAUCCGGCACGCCCUCUCCCGAAGUGCUUGAAGGCUCUUGGACGCCCCCAGA